AUGGAAAUCCUUAGUAUAUCAAAGUCAAACCAAUUUGCAUAUGAAGAUGCUGAUGCUUCAGAUUCAGAUAUAGAUUUAUUAUCAGAUAAUGAAGAACAACAAAAAGUUCAAACAGAUGAAAAUGGAUUGAAAAAAUCAGUUGUUACACCUGGUGAACUAGUCACAGAUGAUCCAAUUUGGAUGAGAGGUCAUGGUACUUAUUAUUUGGAAAACGAUACAUAUAGUUCAGUUGCUGGUACUAUAAGUAGGGUUAAUAGAUUAUUAAGUGUUACUCCAAUACGAGGUAGAUAUCAACCAGAAACUGGUGAUCAUGUCGUGGGGAGAAUAACAGAAGUUGGUCAAAGAAGAUGGAAAGUUGACAUAGGUGCAAAGCAAGAUGCUGUAUUAAUGUUGGGAUCUGUUAAUUUACCAGGUGGUGUUUUAAGAAGAAAAUCUGAAAGUGAUGAAUUACAAAUGAGAAAUUUCUUAAAAGAAGGUGAUUUAUUAAAUGCUGAAGUUCAAUCUUUAUUUCAAGAUGGUUCAGCUUCAUUACAUACUAGAUCUUUAAAAUAUGGGAAAUUAAGAAAUGGGAUUUUUUUAAAAGUUCCAAGUUCUUUAAUUGUUAGAGCUAAAAAUCAUUCACAUCAAUUACCAGGUAAUGUUAGUAUUAUUAUUGGUGUUAAUGGUUAUAUUUGGUUAAGAAAAACUACUGAUGAUCUUUUAACAAAUAAUCAAUCCACAAUAGGGAAAAAUGCAAGUGCAGUUAAUUCUAAAGGUCAAUAUAAUCCAGGUCAAGGUUCAAUAUCAAUUACAAGAUUAGAAGAAGAAAGUUCAUGGGAAAUUUAUAGUGAUCAAAAUGAACAAAUUUCUUCAAGUAUAAGAAGUACAAUUACAAGAUAUUCAAAUUGUAUAAAAAUUUUAGCUCAUUGUGAAUUAGGUAUUACAGAAUCAAGAAUUAUUAGUACUUAUGAAGCAAGUAUGGCUUAUGAAAACUCUGGUUCUUUAAUUGAUAUUGAAACUAUGGAAACUAUUGGACAAGGUAUAAUAACAGCUGAAAAAUACAGAGGGAAUUAG